AUGGGGUGCCUGCAGAGCGUGGCCUGCAAGGCGCGCGUGCGGCGGGAGCACAUCGUGGUGUCGGACGUGUCCGCCACCAUCGAGCCGGCGGCCACCGCCAUCGAGGAGAGCUCGCCGGUGGUGCUGCGCUACCGCACGCCCUACUUCCGCGCCUCGGCGCGCGUCCUCAUGCCGCCCAUCGCCCGGCGGCACACCUGGGUGGUGGGCUGGAUCCAGGCCUGCAACCACAUGGAGUUCUACAACACCUACAGCGACCUCGGCGUAUCAAGCUGGGAGCUGCCCGACUUGCGAGAAGGAAGAGUAAAAGCCAUCAGCGAUUCUGAUGGAGUGAGCUACCCCUGGUACGGAAACACCACAGAAACUGUGACCCUGGUCGGGCCCACUAACAAGAUCUCCAGGUUCUCGGGAAAUGCAAGGAGCAAGAAUAUGAUCAAACCGUGCCUGUGGCAAAUGCUGCUUUCCACCCAAUUAGACGUAGAAGCGGAGACCAUGCCUACCAGACGUGGAGGGCUUGUGCAGCGAACCUUCCUGUCUGCCCUGACAGGGAGCGGGUGUCACCACAGUGUCUAUACCUAUGCAUUUUGGAUUGAUAAUCAACCCAUCACCAUGCUCUUUGGGACUCGGCGGAUGUUUGUCGGGAGAUGGAAAGGCCCAGGGCGGUGGGGGAGCUGGUGCCAUCCGAGGUGCUGAGCUGGAGCCUGGCGGCCGCAGCUGCCCAAGAGGAGUUUUCUGCAGCCGACUCGAAGGAGGACAUUUUGCAUGCGUCUCAGUGUGUUUGGAGUAGUUGUGAAUAUAGGAGAUGCCAUAGUUCUUUUCAGUUUUGGGGUGAAAUCUAAGGGCAGAUUGGAUGUCCUUUAGUUUUAAGGUGCACUAAACCUUUGCAGUUCCUCAAUCCCCCCCUUCCCACCCCUGCCAGCUCUUCUUUUACAGAAGCAAAGAUUAUUCUCAGCUGAAGGAGAAAUUGUGAGCGAUGCCUGUUUACCCAGCCGAGGGAGAGCAGGCCGUCACUGAUUGUGUUUGCGUGGUAUCCAAAAAAGCUUGGAGGUAUUCCAGGAUUCAAGCACUUCUACUGCAGACGUAAGUUGGUUGCGAGAAGUUGGGUGUUUGCUCAUUUUUCACGCAAAUGCCUGUUUGUGUGGAGAGCCUCAUUCUUAGCCACCCACAGAGCAGCGCAGCUAGAAGUUUGCGGGUGUGCUUGCACGCAGUGCUUGCGGAUGCCAGCACCUGUACCGAGGCCUGGGCUCAUGAGGGUGGGCUCCGUGUGUGUUGCUGUGACUCUCCGCGCUCUGCAAGGGUUGGAAGUGUGUGAAAACACUGUGGGGGGUUUCCUAUCCGUGAGUCAGAAGCCCAGAUGGGAGCAAAUGCUGCUGUGGGCAGGCCUCAGUGUGCGGCGGGGUUUGCGCUGGGAGAUGGAAGGGAGCGUGCUCCCUGGGCACUACCUCCUGCUGUUGCAGAUGUUUGGCAGAUAACAGAUAUAUAUAUUUUUUUCCUCGCUCCUCACCAUUUCUUCACUGCCUGGGUUGAUGGCGUUGUCCUGGUGCGUGGGGAGAUGCUGCUGUGUUGGUUUGCAAUUUCCUGUUUGUUUUAGCCCUGGGAGCAAGAUUUCUCCUCUUUCCUGUCCCUAUCCCACCAGGGAGGAGGGGUGGCACUUUAGCUUCUCCCUCAGGAUGCACCAGAGGCAAAAAACGUGUUUGUGCUGCUGCUACCACCACAAAAGCGAUUCCAGGCACCCCAUAGCUCCGUGAGAAUGCAAGACAGAUGGUUGCAGCUUCAGCUGCUUUCUCCUGACCUGCUCCUGUCUCCCGCUCUGUUGGGCAGCCCCAGCACCUGGAGGCUUUUGACCUGGCAGGGAGGCAGCACCCAGGGCCCUGAAGGCAGGAGCAGGAUGAGAAGAGCUGAACAUCUUCUGGCAAGGCUUGUGUCCAGCUCAGUUCCCUCUGGGAAAUGAGACCCUGCUUGUUUUUCCAUUGCUGUUUGGAGACCCUGCAGCGCGGGGUGCAUGGGGGCCUGCUGCUGAAUCCUGCCCAGCGGGACCACGGCCGUUGCAGGAACCGCGAGCCCCCGGCAGCUCUUCAAGCUUGGGUUACUGCCCUCGGGAGCCAGUGAGCUGGCAAGGGGGAGCUUGGGUUGUUGUGGAGAUUUAGGUAAUUCCUCCUCAUAGUUCCCCAGCUCCGAGGCCCCUGUGCCACCUGCCUUCUGUCAGCACGCAGCCCACUGAGCCCUCCUGCUGCCUGGAGGGCCAGGGGAAGGGUGGCCAUGCUCAGCACUUUGUGUAAAGCCCUAGUUGCAGUAUUAGCAGUGCUCCCUUGCGCUUGGCCAUCGGGCAGUGCAACUCGGAGCUGCUUCGCUCCCCCCGGGUGCUGUGCCUGCUUUCCUCCGCUCGGUGGAGGAGCGCUUGCCCCAGCGCGCACACGCCGAGCCUCGCGCUUCUGGGCAGCACGGAUGUCCUGCGGCGGUGGGUUGGGGGAAGGCCGCUGGCGGCUGCGGGAGCUGCUUGGGAGCAGCAGGAGCUCGGCUGCUCAGCUGAGCAGGGAUCGUGCCCGGUUAACGUACGCCACGGUGCUUCUCCAGGCCUUCUGGUUAGGGUUGCUGCCUUGCUGUUGCCUUGUACGUUAGUACCCUGAGCCCCUUUGGUGGCAGGGACCAGCUCGAGUGUCCCAGGCAGCAGGGAACAUCGCUUCUCAGAGCACGCACAAUUUCCUGCAAAGCUUCAGCCGCUGCUUGUGUUCUUCCAGGGUGGGAUGUGCACCCCGGACAUCUGGGAGCCGGUCCCCAAGAGUGAAGGGACUCCCCAAGCAUCUUAGACCAAAAAUCCCUGUGAUCGCCCCAUGCUAUUUAUUAUUCUCAGCAGUGUUUGCUACUGACUUACUAUUAUUUUUUUUUCUUUGGGAAUGUUGAAGCCUCGACGCAUACUUUGAAAUGUUGCGGCCAGUGGAGCCAGUCCUGCUGCUCCCGUUCGCCCUCGUGUGAGCAGAGAGGUUGGCUAGCCUGGGAACCAGCCUGCUGAUUUAGGUGCCUCCGUCUGGAUUUAGCUGAGGGCUGUGUGAAGCCUUGCAGUGAGGAGGGUUUGGAGGGGGAGUGGGCAAAAAGCUUUGGUUUGUUGAGCAGAUCUUCUACAGGGAAAUUGUCAGCAUGGGAAAAUAUCCCAUUUUUGUGAGAUUCUGCUAGUGUUUUUAUACUGAUAUGUGAUAAAAGGCAUUUUUGCCAUCAUUGAUGUUUUGUUUAUCGGAAGUGUGUGUGGAGGGGUGUUUUGGUAUGCAGAAAUUUUAAAUACAAUUUUCAGUAAAACUUGGGGGAGGAGGGGUACCUUUCGGUUUGUAAAAAGACAGACAAAUAUAUUUUUGACCUAGUGAGACAGAAACAAUCCUGAAGCAUCUUGUGAAAUCCUUUCCCAGGGUGCUAGCCAGGUCCCGUCUCUGAAGCGCAGAGAUUUCUCCACCUGCCUUUACAAGAUGGUUUCAAUCCGUUCUGAAGAUAAGUGACUGGCUGGUGUCCAUGGUAUGCACGGGGGGAGACCGUGGGCAUUGGCUUUGGUUCUCUCUGUGUUCGGGUUCAGGUUCGGUUCGGGUCUCUGUGGUGCAUUUGAAGGAGUCUCUUUCUCAGGCAGUAUCUGAACCUGGGGAAGGAGUUCCCUGACAAAUCUGUUGCCUUGAGGUGAGCUCGAAGCUAGGAGAAGACCGCUGAGCAGCGCGUGGUGGGAGCCUGAGGGCAGGCGUUUGCCCUUCCCACGUUUCUGCCAGGCACGAGCGACGAGGUGAAGCCGCCCGGGGCACUGCCGCGUCCCGCGAGGCUGCUGUGGGGCCCGGCUGAGACACGUGGCCAUCUGUCAGUGCUGGGAAACCCGGCAGAAACGGUCCGGGGCUGUGCUCAGGGAGGCUGCGUGCUGGCCCCGGGAGCAGCUGCGGCCACGCGGUGACGCCAGCCAGCUGGGAUAGGAGAGGGAAGGAGGGAGCGGUGGAGAGAUGCUGUUGAUUUUGUUGCCGUCUUCUGGGAUGUGUUGGCUGGCCGGAGCCUGAGCAGAUCAUCUGCUGUGUUUUCCCAAGACCUAGACAACGGCAGCCGCUGUUCCUGUCCGAGUUUCAGCAGCAUUCCCCUUGGGGAGCUUUGUGCCGAGUGUUGGUGAAAUCUGGGUCGUGUGCCGGGUGCCGAGGGUUGCCUCUGCCCCGUGCUGGCAGGCUGCAGGCAGCUCAGCUGUAGCCUUUGCUUUGGCCCAGCCCUGUGGGACUGCCUACCAUGGGAUUUACUCCCACGGACUCUUCUGCGACGCCUCGUUCUCAUCUAUGUUGUCCUUUAGAGCGAUUUUCCCCUGUGCUUGUGGUCUAAGGACCGUGCCCGGUACGCCUGAACCAAGAAUGGGUCGCAGACAUGCUGUGUAGGGCUUUGAGUGGCCAGGGGGAGUCUGUCCUCCGCAAGGAGCGGGGAGGGACCACGUUGCUUUGGAUCGGCCACGGCUGCUCACCAACCUGUCUGGAGCUACGUGGCCUCAUUUGUGAGGGUGCUGCCAGCACUGGUGCUGUUCUCCCCUGCGCCUUGACUGUGGCUCUGGUUCUCCUCCCUGUAUUGGCUUUUGUAGGGGAGGGAGGACCAGGAAAAAGGAAUGAGAUUCACGUAAUCCAUGUCUUCUGCCUGGCUCCCAUGCCUGCUCCUUCUCUGAUGUCUGGAUUUGGUGCACAGAGCUAGUUUUGAUUUGUGGGUUGUCUUUGUGGGCAUUACACCAUGCUGUUUGCCCACAAACAGCAUGUGUGCUGUUUGGAUCUAGUGUGUGGUCACUAGAUCCUCCUUGGAUGGAGACACCAGCUGAGCAUCUCUGGAUUUGGUAGUGUUGACUGGUGCAUUGGCUGUCCCAGGCCUGUAGUCCCUGUGUUGAGCUUUCUGCAGCAGGCAUCUGGUGUCCCAUGGCAGGUGAACUGCUGCUGUGUGCUGUAGGAGAAACCCAGCUCUGCUCUGCUUGUGACCAGAGGCAAAAGUGAACCCAGUCUGCAGGAGGCUGAGCUGAGUGCAUUGCAAGCUCGCACACCCUCUGUGGGGUGGCAGGAGCUGGCGUGAACGUGCUCCGUCACCGUGGCUCUGCUGAGCUGCUGCUCCACCAGCCAGCAUUUCAGAGCAUCGUCGGGGGGCAAAAGCCGGCACAGAGGUCUCGUCGGAGCUGGGGUCCCCUGGAGCUUGCUGCCCAGGCUGGCCGCAGGACAGCGGGCAUGGGGUUUAAUCCUGAUGGCUUUCCAGUGCGGGGGAUGCCGUGGAGCCUGCAGGCAGGUCUGCCUGUGGUGCUUGGAGGGUCGUGCGCGUUUGGCUGGCGCGGAGCCGGGGUUUCCCUCGGCUGCUUGCUGUUGCUGGCUUGUGUCCUCGUGCGUCAUCCAUCGCUGCGGGGUCCGAGAGCCGCCAGCAAGCGUGGCAGGGCUGUCUGGGCGUCUCAGCAUCCCGGCGCGAGAAGCCUGCUAGAUUGGAGAAAGUGGGAAUCACACCAGGGCCUCUGGCAGGUUUUGUGGGUGGGAGAGAGCUGAAGGCUGGUGAGAUGCUGGGGGCCUGCAGGACGUGCUGGUCCUCGGGAGCAGGGCUGUGCCGCUCGUCUCUGCGGCCCUGCGCCGUGUUUAUGAGGGCCCGGAGGGGCUGAGCGGGAGCCCUUGGUGGGACCUGCCGAGGACCUGCCCUGGUGCAGAGCCCUGGGAGCCUCUGGUGCCUCCCCGGGGCCCCGAACCCGGAGCAGGGAGGUGUAAAUCGGCCUGGCGGGAUGCUUCAUCCUCCAAAUGCUCUGUUUUCUUCCCAGCUCCCCUUCUUUGUAGCCGGUACCCCAUUAUCUUGGGGAGGACAGGUCGCAGGAACGCCCGCCGCCCCGAGGCUGGGCCUGCCGGGGCGCGAGCCCGCGGGCCCUCUCGCCUCCCCUCCCUCCACCGCUUUGCGCUUUCGCGGCCGUGCCUCGGGCUGUGCGGGCAGGCCCCGCCGCCCCCGGGCCAGGCUUUGCAGACGGCGUCCGUCCGUCUGUCCUUGCGGCGCUGCCAAGCGAAAAGCGCCGGGCCGGCACGGGGCCGCUUGGCGCCGCGCUGUGGCACGCGUGUCCUGCGUGCCGGGGCACGGCUGCAUCGCCGAAGCCGCGUGCCUGGGGCGGACGGACAAAAUGCAAAACCGAAGCAGGGUGCAGCCGACCCCGUCCGGGUCUCGCUUCCGCCGAGCACGGGCAGCUGCCCUGGCGCUCGGUGAGCGCGCGCGCAGACGCGUCUGCCUGCGGGCGUGCUUGGUUUGUUUGUUUGUUUAUUUAUUUAUUUGUAUUUAUUUAAGGUUUAUUUAAGUUAUUUAUUUGUAUUUAUUGACGGCUGGCACUCGGGGUUUAUUUCUGCGGCGCGUGCGGCCGGGCCCCCUAGGCGUUUUGGGGCCCACCGGAGGCGAGCGGGACCCUGGAGGCACUGCCGGGGGGAUGCCGCGUGGAGCCGCGCUGCGUCCUCGCCCCUGUGCCGUGACGGCAGCUCUAGUUCUCCUCCCUGCACUGGCUUUUGCAGGAGAGGGAGAACCAGGGAAGAGGAGUGAGUUUCACGUAAAUGCCGCAGGGAGGAAAAUCCGGGCCCGUCCUCUCCCUGCGGAAGCUCGAAGCCCCCUUGCCCCGCUUCCCGGGCACUGUCCUUCCUCCCGUGCCCGUCUGUAUUUAUUGGCCCGGCCUCCCCGUGUUUUUCUGUUUGGCUCACGCUGUAUUUAAUGUUGCCAGUUUCCGGAGAUGGUGAUAAAAGCAAGAAUGUGUGGGUGUCACUAUGGAGAAAAGACAAAAUCAGGUAUUCUGCUGCCGUGUGGGGAAAAUCAGAAGGAAGAGAAGACGAAAGCUGGUUUUGCAGAGUGCCUUAAACACAAAUGACUUUACUGAGUAGGGGGCUUGGACUCUUCUGUCUUUGGAUGUUAUUUCAAACUCAAACAAAUGUUGCAUUUCACUUCUCUGGGAUUAAAAGACGAAUAUUCAAUCCA